AUGGCGGAGGAUCAAGAGAAGGACUUGCAGAAAUUCCUUAGGAAUGUGGAUGAAAUCAGUAAUUUAAUUCAGGGGAUGAAUUCUGAUGACCCAGUGGUGCAACAGAAAGCUGUCCUCGAGACAGAAAAAAGACUACUGCUUACAGAGCAAGACCAAGAUGAGGACGAAUGCAGGACCAAAUUGAACAAGACGGUCAUCAGUCCUCCAUCAAGUUCCACAAAGAAUGCAGAUGACAUGAACUCAGAGGCCUUCCUGGUAUCUUUAGAGAAGGAUGCAAAGGAGCGGGCCAAGAGAAGACGAGAAAACAAAGUCCUUGCGGAUGCCCUGAAGGAAAAGGGGAAUGCCGCAUUUGUGAAAGGUGAUUAUGAAACCGCUGUCUCGUACUACAGUGAGGGUUUGAAGAAGCUGAAGGACAUGAAGGUGCUGUAUACCAACAGAGCCCAGGCUUACAUAAAACUUGGGAACUACCAAAAAGCACUGGUGGAUUGUGACUGGGCUUUAAAGUGUGAUGAAAAAUGUACAAAAGCCUAUUUCCAUAUGGGAAAAGCCCACCUGGCUUUGAAGAACUACAGUGCGUCCAGAGAGUGUUAUCAGAAGAUCUUAGAAGUAGACCCCAAGCUGCAGACACAGGUGAAAGAUAGUCUAAAUCAAGUAAACCUUCAGGAGAAAGCAGAACUUCAAGAGAAGGAAGCCCACAGAUUGCUGAAUUUGAGGAAGAACACAGCUGUGACAACCAGGAGUCUCCUGGAGACCCUUGCCAAGCCCGAUCAAAUCCCCUUGUUCUAUGCAAAGGGGAUUGAGAUCCUGACCAGAAUGGUGACAGAGUGCCCAGAACAAACUUUAUUCAGAACACACAAUGGAUUUACUAUCAUUGGCGACAAUAAGGUCAUAAAAAGGUGCUUUUCUGCAGCAGCAAAGGAUGCAGUUGAAGAGACGGUCUGUGUGUCUGUUCUCAGGCUCUGGCAAGCAGUGUGCAGUGGGAAUGAGAAAAACCAGCUCCUGCUGUUGACUCACCCAGACAUGGGCACCCUCCUGCCCUCCCUCUUGGCCUCCAGCGUUGGGGCUGUCCAGGAGGAGAGCCUCACGCUGCUGCUGCAGAUCGCCCAGACCGAACAUGGACGGAGCCUGAUCCUCAGCCACCUUGACAUGACCCGAUUGUUGGAGGCCCUGGUGUUGUUCCUUCAUUUCUCGGAUCAGAAGGCUGACACAGCUAUGGCACUACUCACAGACUUGGCUCUAGAGAAAAGAUUCCGGGUCUGGUUCCAGGCCAGCCUUCCAGGUGUUCUCCCUGUGCUCAGAGGUGUUCUGAAGAUUGAUCCCAAGGUCACCAGGCUCUCAGCUCUUAACCAGUUUAUUGCCAUCAUGGGAAACCUCUGUGCUGACGCAGCCACCCGAAGGCAGAUGGCCGGCUGUGAAGAAUUUGGAGACGCCUGCUUGAGCUUUAUGGCCAAAUGUGAGGAGGAUCUGAGCCUGUUCCGAGAGGUCAUGUAUACUUUCCUGGGUCUCCUGAUGAACUUGUGUCUGCAUUCUGCCUUUGUGUCAAAGGCUUGGGCCCUGGAGGUGAGCAGACGAUGCAUGUCUCUGUUGGACAGCCAGGACGGAGGAAUUUUGACACGAGCUGCUGGUGUGCUGAGCCGCACCCUCUGUUCCUCUCUGGAAAUCGUCGAAGAGGCCUUAGGAGCAGGGCUGGUGAAGAAAAUGAUGAAAUUCCUGAAGGCUGGAGGCCAGACCGCAUCACAUUACGCCAUUAAGACCCUAGCUGUCUGCACCAAUAGUUGUCACGAGGCACGGGAAGAAGUUAUACGGCUGGAUAAAAAUUUUAGUGUUUUGAUGAAGUUACUAAACUCAGAGGAUGAAAUCCUGGUGGGAAAUGCAGCCCUCUGCUUUGGUAACUGCAUGGAGGUGCCGAAGGCCUCAUCGUCCCUACUAAAGACAGACAUCGUGAAGAUUCUGUUGAAGCACGCAGGUGGCAGUGCCCAGAAGACAGAUGUGCAGCUGAACGCAGGGAUUGCCCUGGCGAAGCUGUGCACCGCCGACCCCAGGUAUGCCACUCAGCUGAGAGAGCUGCACGGGCUAGAAAUCCUCAACUCCACUGUGAAGCACAUCAGAGAUUGA